AUGUUGCCAUGCUGUGAGCUUGUAGUUUUCGAUCCUUCUGGAGAACUUUUCCUAUUGCUCAAUCGAGAUGCGACUCAGUCCGAAGUUGUCGCCCACGAUGCUCAUGGUGAUGACGCUCAAGAGCAGGACGUGUCACACCUCUCCAAUAACGAAGAACCAUCAAAUAAUACAUUUACAGGGCUUUGGUCUAAGACAUCUACCCAAGCAGUCGAAAUGCAGGUAUCAUUGAAACAUCUUUCACUGGCCUCUAAGUUCUUCGCCAAUAUGUUCGGCGACCAAAGCUUGGACCUGAACGGGCAUGAGCCAAACAACAAAGAAAUGAGAACCAUCCCUCUCCAGGGAGAUGAUUUUUAUUCGCUGCAGAUUUUGCUCAACAUUAUCCAUGGGUUGACAAGAAGAGUUCCAAGACAAGUAGAGAGAAACAUUCUCCUGCAGGCUGUCAUCUUGAUUGACAAGUAUGAGUUUCAUGAGGUGGCUGAAGUCUUCACAGAUAUGUGGUUCGAAUCUCUUCGACCCACACUGCCACGAAAUCUUCACCGAGACAUAGCUUCUUGGAUUUACAUUUGCUGGAGCCUGGGAAAGUCAGAAGAGUUUGAGGCCUUGACGGAAAUCGCCAUUCUAGAGACCGACAACGGACUUGAAGACCCAGACGUACCGGUCCCUUUUUGGAUCAUUGCCGAAAUCCGGUCUUACCGAAGAGAGAUCUUGACCGAAUUUCUUUCCAUUCUCUCGAGUCUGAUUGAUCGCUAUGAGGGCCCUCGUUGCCUCUGUCGCAGAGACAAAGAUUGCGAUGCUCUACUUUUGGGAAAGCUCAUCAAAGGCUUGAAGAACAUCGGGCUCUACCCGGUCCCAGACGCCUUACUCUUGAAUAGGUCAAUAAAGUCUCUUUUUGCCGCCGUCCGAGAUAUGGAACUCUCCCCUCUGUGUAAGGAGCUCACGAAGAAAGAGCGAAAGGGGUAUUCAUCUCUAGAUGAUGAGGAAUCGUUCCGAAGAACCUAUCAUCUCAAAGAAGAGCUACAUAAUUCAAUUUCAAGCCUUGAGAAAAAGUUUCGAGGUCUACAAUUGAAAAAUGGAGGCAAGAGCGAGGUUCGGAGUUGA